GUCCAAAUUUCAAUUUAAAUUCGAUCACUCCUCCUCUUCCUUUUCUCUCUAAAACAUUCUCAUCUCUCUCUCUCUCUCUCUCUCUCUCUCUCUCUCUCUCUAAAACCAUAACAAUGUCCGAAGGUGGCUUGACUGUAUUCGACGGAACACACCUGAGAGCCGUCGAUCUCUCUCUGCCGCAAUCUGACCACAUCGUCACCGGAGCUCAGGUCCUCGAACUCGCAGAAUCCAGUGCUUCGUCUUCGCUCUUCGGCCUCUCAUUGCCGGAGAGUCUCAAGUCAUCUGCUCUCAAACGAAUCGACGUCGAUGCCGUCAGUUUCCGGCGUACGGAACUUCACCGAGAUCAAGCCUCUGCCAAGCUUAAAGAGUACGUCACUGCGAUCGCCGAUGAACUGAAAGAUGAUCCACUUGUUGUAGCGAUUUUGGAUGGAAAAACUCUUCGACUGUUUAUGGAGGACGAGGAUGAUUUUGCAAUGUUAGCGGAGAAUCUUUUCACUGAUCUGGACACAGAAGAUAAGGGAAAGAUCAGUAAGAAUGAAAUACGGAAUGCUCUUGUUCAUAUGGGUGUUGAAAUGGGCAUUCCCCCUUUUUCAGAGUUUCCUCAGCUAAAUGACAUCUUAAAGAAACAUGGAGCCGAAGGGGAAGAGGAAUUGGGGCAAGCACAAUUUGCACAAUUGUUACAGCCUGUUGUGCAAGAACUGGCGGAUGCUCUGUCCAAAAAGCAUGUCGUCGUUAUUCAGAACAUCAGGAUCAUUAAUGGUUCCAAGCUUAGAAAGCUUUUGUCCGCGGAGAAGCAAUUGAACGAGGUCAUAGAAAAGAUAUUGCAGGAUAUGCACAGUGCAAAGGAUGGGCAAAGGAGCACAGAAGUCAUCAGGGGUUUUCUGGAGAGGAACAGUAAAGAGUUGGGUUUACCACCAUCAGAAGCCGAAGAAGCAGUGGUUCUUCUCUACGAUGCUGUAUUUGCGGAUGUAGAGCAAAGAAAUAGUGUUGCAGGAUCGGGCAAGGAUGAGGUCGGGGUACUUGUAAAGCAGAUCCUUGAGAAUUUUGUGGAGCAGCUUGAAGCCAGUCCAGUUUUUCAUGAUCAGGGCAAUUGAAUGAGGCUAGAUGGUAUAACUUCUCUACUCGCAUGAUACAUUUUCUUGUUAUUUUUACAGUAUUACGUGUCACACUUUUGGAUGUAUCGGUAUACCACAUGACAAUUUUGAAUUUCAGUGUUCGUAUAUCCCUUCUGUUA